UCAUGAACUCUGGAAAACCAUAGAUAGCAGGUAACUUCAUUGUGGUCAAAAUUGGAUAGAUCUAAUUACUGAUCAUGGUUAACAUGAGUUUCGUAUAGCCAUAUAUGGUUGCGCACCUGUUUCAGCACAAGCGGUAUCGUUUUAGAUCAAACUCACAAUAGAUUGAGAUUCCUGAGAUGCUUUACUUCACUUACACAAUUGACUUUGAUUGACUUGCUUAUCUAGACAGCAAUAAAUAGGAAUCUCGGCUUUACUUGCAACUAGUUUUAGCUCACUGAACUGGCCAUUAAUUACUGAAGUCAGUGCAACAUCAUGGCAGAAAACCUAACAUACAAAGUAAUCGUUUGCAUCUUGUUUACACUCCCGCUGCUUUUCCGCGUUCAAGAAGCUAGUGAGCAAUCGAAAUACUAUCGCUUUGGAACAAAAACAGCGUACCACUACGACAAUGCCACGGCUUCCACCCGGAAAUUCCCUGGAGGAUGUCGGCCAGUUCACCUCAAUAUGGUGUUACGACACGGAUCUCGAUAUCCAAGCAAAGGCGACAUAAGAGACUCCAGUGAUCUUCUGACCAAACUGAAGAAAAUCCAUUCUUCACCCGUUUUCCGCUACAAAAACGUGAACAUAUCGUUCAACAAACCACCUGAAUGGGAAGACGCUGAGCCAAAGGAGUUAUCGUCUGCUGGAGAGAAAGAACAAUAUGACAUCGCUAAGAGAUUUCUAUCGCGUUUUCAUGACGUCUUCGACAAGAAAUACUGGAACAAGUAUUACAAGUUCGUUUCCUCAGACAGGCCUCGUACCGCCCGAAGUGCCAUGUCAUUCGCGUACGGACUCUUUGAAGAUAAAGGAAACGUAUCCUCAUCAAACUUCCAACCAGUUGCUAUAACAUUUUCCGGUGACAAGGAUAACGAUAAAUUGCUGCUGCCUUACGAUGCCUGUCCCCGGUACGCAACUGAUGUUGUACACCAAGGCCUGGGAGAGGUAGAGAAGUUCAAUGAAGGCCCGGAAAUAAAGAACCUAACAAAGCGACUUGAGGAGCGACUUCAGAUAACCGGAAAGCUUUCACUGACUUUUGACUUUGUCGAAAAGAUUUUCAGGCUUUGUGCGUUUGGUUUCAUGAAUCGUAGGGACACCAGCUGGUGUUCCCUGCUCGAAGAAGAGGAUAUUAAGGUACUGAAAUAUCAAGGCGAUUUGCAAAACUAUUACGAGCAUUCCUAUGGGAACAAACUCAGCUAUGAGAUAAUCUGCCCUCUUCUCUCCGAUAUCAUCCAAAAUCUGCGAGAUUUCUCCACGAAGGAGACUGAAUUCCACGGUGUAUUUCGGUUUACUUCGUCAGGAACGGUAAUUUCCUUGUUAACAAUGCUUGGACUCUUUCAAGAUACCACACGCUUGCGGGCCGACAACUAUCAGCAGAAUGACAAGCGAAACUUCACGUCAAACCUGGUUCCCAUGUCCGCCAACGUCGCUGUUGUCUUGUACGCGUGCAACUCCACAGAAACGGCGGUAAAGUUACAGGUGUUGGUGAAUGAGGAACCCGUGGCUCUGCCAUGUUGCGAUGGAAAGAUGACCUGCAGCCUCGACGAGUUUCUGUCUUAUUUUAAGGAGACUGUGGAUAGCUGUGAUUUUGAUGAGAUGUGCUCCUUGCCUCUCGUUCCUCCUACAGGCAGUCCAACAACAGCCUUGGCCCAAAUUACUAGUCCGCGGCUAGGCUCAAUUUUUUUAUUGUUAUUAAGUUUUGCCGCCUUUUUUCUUAAAAUCUAAGGAAGACGCAAGUUAGUUUCAUUGGUUGUUAAUGACCAAUACACAAUCAAUAGUGUUAUAAUACACUAUUGAAAUGAUCUUCUGCUUUAUAGAGCAUGAUCCAAACAAAUCCAAUCCACCGACAUUUUAUACGCAGUUGACCCACUUUUUUCCCUUAGAUCCGGAAGAGCAAGAUCUGGAAACUAGCUUAUUUAAUGUAGAAGAGUCUUACAAUAAUUGCACCGAUCAAAACUUUUAAGGGUAGAAGGCAGAAAAAAAAAA